AUGUUUCACCAAUUGGUGAUCCCAUUCCUAUUAGUGGUCUCUUUUACAUUGGGUUUACCAACAACAAAACCAGAAACAACAUCAGAACCAACUGGAGAACAUGUAUGCACAGUUAAAACUAUGUGAGUUUUUUACCCCGUUAUUAAUCAUAAUACUUAUUUGACCUACUUAUUUAAUCGUUUCAUUUCCGUUUAGGUUACUGUAUAAGCACUUAUUCAAAUAUAUAAAAUAAGUUUUAUUUUUCAGCGUUGAUGUAUAUGAUCUCAAAAAAACAACUCAUCCAGUAACUAUAACUGAAACUGAAUGGUGUCCGGAUAUUAGCAAAGGAUUCAAAUGCACUGUUACAAAGUUAGUUUUUUUUUAAUAAUAAGAAGUUAAUUAUUUUUCGAAUAUGUUUAUGUUUUCUUUUAGAACUGGAGCAAAAGCAUCAUAUGAUAGAGUUUUGGUGAAAAAAGAGAAAUAUGUCAAGCAAUGUUGUCAAGGAUAUUAUCAAACAAAAGAAAAUAUUUGUCUACGUAUGUUUUUGAAAUUUUUUUUUUCUGAGAUUAUUUGAGCGUAUUUUUAGCGGAUUGUAACCCAGUUUGCAAAAAAGGAAGAUGUGUUGAACCAAAUAAAUGUGAAUGUGAUUCUGGAUUUGGUGGAAAAACAUGUGCUUCUUGUGAGUUUAUUUUCAACAAAAAAAUUGAUUUCAUUUUUUCAUUUUGUAGCUUGUUCUGUUGGAACUUGGGGACUUGGAUGUUCGAAAAAAUGCGAUUGUGAAAAUGGUGCGAAUUGUGACCCUGAAAAUGGCGAAUGUAUUUGCAUUUCUGGUUUUAUGGGUACAAAAUGCGAAACGGAAUGUCCAAUCGAUAAAUGGGGCCCAAAUUGUCAGAAUUCUUGUCCAUGUCAAAACGGUGGAAAAUGCGACAAACAUGGAAAAUGUGUUUGUUCGGAUGGAUGGGCUGGAGAAUAUUGUUUGAAUAAAUGCGAAGAUGGAAAGUUUGGAGCUGAUUGUGUUUUUGAAUGUAAUUGUAAGAAUGGCGCCACUUGUGAUAGUGUUGAUGGAAAAUGUAUUUGUGCUAAAGGAUUUAUGGUCAGUUUUUUUUGAAGAAAAGAUACAGUGAUCCAGAGUCUUCAAAAUUUUAUCAAAAGGUUUUUUUGUGAAAUUAUGAAUUCACAAAAAUGAAAUAAUUAAUGUAUUUAAAAUUGAUUAUUUUCGUGACUUUGUCCCAUCUCAAGUCAUUUUUAAAUUCGAAAAAAAGUAUUUCCUAAUUGCCACGUGGAGGCUGUACAGCGUAGUUCACGUUUUUCAAAAAAAUAUUUAUCAUUCUCAGUUCGAUAUUUUAAUUUUCAGGGAGCACUUUGCGAAGAAACUUGUCCAAAAGGAUUCCAUGGAUCAGGCUGUGAAAAGAAAUGUGAUUGUUUGAACAAUCAAGAUUGUAACAGUAUAACUGGAGAAUGUGAAUGUAUUGGAUGGAUUGGAAAGAAAUGUGACAUUGGCUGUCCAAAAGGAACAUUCGGUCAAAAAUGUAAGAAUAAAUGCAAUUGUCCUGGACUCGAAUUUGCUGAUUCGAAUGCAUCUUGUGAUUCUGUGACUGGAAAAUGUGAAUGUGAAAGAGGAUAUAAAGGAGAUAAUUGCACUCAAAGACGUAGGUUUUAAGAAUUUUCGGCUAUCUAAAUAUGUGAGGAUUUUUUAAUGAUUGUUAUAAAUUACAGUAUGCCCGGAUGAUAUGUACGGUUUGGAUUGUGCCAAAUCAUGUUCUUGUGUUAUGAAUAAUACAAUAAUGUGUGCACCGAAUACUGGAAUGUGUAGAUGUAAACCAGGAUAUUUUGGAGAUAAUUGUGAACAAGCUUGUUCCAAAGAUUCCUAUGGUCCAAAUUGCGAGAAACAUUGCAGUUGUAAUUGGGAUAACACAUAUGAAUGUAAUUCGAAAACGGGAAAAUGUGAAUGUAAACCUGGAUUCAAAGGAGAAAAAUGUGGAGAAACUUGCGAUUUGGAUAAAUAUGGACCAAAUUGUGAACAUUCUUGUGAUUGUGGUCAAAACGGACUUGGAUGUGAUGACAAAACUGGAACAUGCAAAUGUAAAUCUGGUCAUUCUGGAGCAAAUUGUGAAAUUCAAUGUCCAGCUGGAACAUUUGGAGAAAAUUGUCAAAAUUGUAAUUGUCGAAAUGGUGCUGGAUGUGAUUCAACAACUGGAACAUGUUUAUGUCCAGCUGGUUUGAAAGGUUGGAAAUGUGACACUGAAUGUCCAGCUGGAACAUAUGGACCAGAAUGUAAGUUACAAUGUGAUUGUAUCAACGGAAAAUGUGAUAAAAUCACUGGAAAAUGUACUUGUGAUGCUGGAAGUUUUGGACCAAGAUGUGCAACAAAUUGUGAAGCUGGAAAAUUCGGACAAAAUUGUGAAAAAACAUGUGAUUGUGGAGAUGGAAUAUAUUGUCAUAAAAUAACUGGAAAAUGUGAAUGUGAAUUAGGAUUGGAAUCAACAGUUGGAUGCUCAAAAAGUUGUGAGAAAGGAGUUUUUGGAGUUGGAUGCAAUCAAAAAUGUGCAAAAGAUUGUGAUGGAUGUGAUACUAUAAACGGAGUUUGUAGUAAAUGUCCACCUGGAAAAACUGGAAUUAUUUGUACAGAAACUUGUCCGAAAGGAAAAUAUGGCGAUGGAUGUUCAGAGAAUUGUAAAUGUUCUGAUGGACAUUCGUGUCAUCCAGUAACUGGCGAAUGUAUUUGUGAAGCUGGAUAUCAAGGAGAAAAUUGUGAAAAACAAUGUGACGAUGGUUUUUGGGGAUUAGAAUGCUCCAAAAAAUGUCCAAAAUGUGAAAAUGGAGCGAAAUGCGAUAAAACAGAUGGACAAUGUAUUUGCCCGGCUGGUUUAGAAGGAGCUACUUGUACUCGACGUAAGUUCAAAAAAUAUUUAGCUGAAUCAUAUAAAAAUUCAAUUUUUAGCUUGUGCAAGUGGAACCUGGGGAACUGGAUGUGCAAAAAUAUGUAAUUGUGCAUCAGAAUAUAAAGAAUGCAACCGACAAACCGGAGAAUGUUCGUGUUCAGCUGGAUUCCAAGGCGAUCGAUGUGAUAAACCAUGUGAAGAUGGAUAUUAUGGACCAGAUUGUAUUAAGAAAUGUAAAUGUCAAGGAACAGCAACUUCAUCUUGUAAUCGUAUAAGCGGUGCUUGUCAAUGUCACGCUGGUUUUACUGGAGAAUUUUGUCAUGCUCGUAAGUUAUUUUACUUUGAAAUAAAUAUUUUAAAAAACGAAAUGUUAUAGUUUGCCCUGCUGGAACUUUUGGUCUUCGCUGUAAAAAUGAAUGUCCACAAGAAUGUGGCGAUGGAUAUGAAUGUGAUGCUGCAAUUGGAUGUUGUCACGUGGAUCAAUUGAGUUGCGGAAAAGCGAAACAAGAAUUCGAAGCUCUUCAUGGUUCAACAUCAAAUCGUGGAUCAUUAUGGUUGAUAAUAUUUUUGGCCCUCGCAAGUUGUAUCGCUUUAGGACUUCUUGUUAUUUUCUAUCGUAACAAAUAUCAAAAAGAAAAAGAUCCCGAUAUGCCAACUGUUACGUAAGUUUUUAACUUAUAUUUUAUGAGAAAGGUAUCAAAAACAAAUUUUCAGCUUCAAAAAUGUUCCUUCAAAUGACGAAGGAAAUCAAUUCCAAAAUCCAUUAUAUGCACAAAGACAAAGUGCUUUCGAUAUAAUUGAUCCACCAAAUGAAGGAAUAUUGACAGUUGAAGAAGAAGAAUUGGAAGACAAAAAAAUUCGAGGAAGAACUAAUUUCGAUCGAACUCACAGUAAGCAUUUUACUAGAAAUUUUGGGAUAAAUCAGAAAUAAAGCAUAGUUCAAAAGUAUCGAACUUUCUUAAUAAGCUCAAAACUUCAGAAGAUGUUUCCACCUUAUUUUCAAGUUUUAUGAAACGAAUUUCAUAUCAGUGUUUCAGAAACAGUUUUUUGGGUUCUGAAAACCCAGAGCAUCUGAAAGACAGUAUUUCUAGUUUCAUAAUAUUUUUAUUCAAUAUUUUCAGAUGAAUAUGCAUCAUUGGACGAAGUUGGCGGACCAUCGACUUCAAAUCAAGGUGCGAAUAUUCCAUUAUUAAAUCAAAAUCAACACGAAGAACUCAGCGACGACGACAACAUUCCGCAAGGCAAAUAAUAAGACUUGUUUGCAUGUUUAUCGUGUUGUUAUUGUUAUUGUCAAUGGGUCUUGAUGUUUCUUAUAUCAAACUCGUAGAUCCAAUUCAACUCAGAAAUUUUCUAACUUAUUGCAUGUUGUCUUCCUGUCUGUAUUAUUCCUUCUUCUUCUUCUUUCUUAAUUUCACUUUUUUCCUUUUUUGUCUUUUGCGAAGAAGUUGUUGUCGCGGUGAGUUCUAUUGUUUGAUUCACCUUUGUAUUUCAAUUCUAAUAGUUUCACUCGUAGUUCCAAAUCCACCGUAUAAUAUCAAAUCUUUCAUUUUCUAUUCAACGAUUGAGUUUCAGAAAAUCCUUAUGCUCACAUUCCAAAUACAUCAAUUGGAUCUCCUGAUUUGCAACAACAAAACUCAGAAAAUUCUCGACGUGCCAAAGAUAACUUGUAUACCUAA